AUGGUCGCUCCAGGCUCAUCCGACCUGCUGCGGUGCUCCCUCUACCUGCCUUUGGGCCUGCUCGCCGUGUACACGACGUUCUUCAUUGCGCUGCUGACGCCCACGCUCCAGCGGCACUUUAUCUUCCUGCACGCCGUCCAGUUCCCCUUCUUUCCAUCUUUCUCACAGCCGCACAAGUACGGUCUUGCACCGGGCAAGACGCGUGUGCUGCAUCUGGACACGCGCGAUGGCGAGAAGAUCGGCGUAUGGCAUGUGCUGCCCGAAAUCGCCUACCAAUCGCUCGUCGCACGCGACGAGAAGAUGGAGGCGGGUCAGUUUGACGACAGCCUGUACGAGACGGCCAUGCGCGAGUACCCGACAGUGUUGUAUCUGCAUGGAAAUGCGAUGCACCGCGCAGCGCCGUGGCGCAUUGCGGCGUACAGCGCACUCACAAGCAGGAUGGACGUCAACGUCGUAGCUAUCGACUAUCGCGGCUUCGGCGACAGCUCAGGUAGCCCCUCGGAAGCCGGUGUGGUCGAGGACGCACACGCCGCCUACAGGUGGAUGAAGCAGCAGCAGGGAUGGUCUAAUCAGCGCGUCACGCUCUUCGGACAGAGUCUGGGCACGGGCAUUGCAGCCAUCCUCGCGACACAGCUCGCCGAGCACGACGAGGUCGGGGUGGUACUCAUGGCGCCGUACGCCAACCUUCGAUCGUUGGUGAGCGAUUUCCGCCUCGGCGGCGUCCUCCCACUCCUAGCUCCUGUCAAGGCUAUCCCUUUCCAUGAAAGCAUCUUGGAUCGCUGCAUGCAGACACGGCUCGACACUCUCGCUACCCUGCCGCGCUUCAUCUCGGCCCCGCACACAGGACGGGUGGUGUUGCUGCACGCACGCGACGAUCCCGUCAUCCCCGCCUCGCACUCCCACCGCCUAUUCGGUGCCCUCCACGGCGCAGCCAAAAAGCCGGCAGUGCAGUCGAGAGACAUGCCGGGCUUCGCACACAUCCAGCGCUUCCAACCCAGCUCCACCGCCGACGACGCCACCGUCACGCUCAUCGAGACGCACUUUGGCGGACACAACCAGCUCACCGAAGGCGCGCUCGACCUCGUGCGUCUCGCGCUGCGUCUCCCCUCCCACCUAUCCCCCUAG